UGAACUUGCGAGUGAUUGUGUUCAUCCAGUUCGUUCUUCGCUUCGUUCAUCUACAGAUUACAUAUGUACUUUCUCGUGACUGCCGAGUGCUGCCUAACCAAGACUUUUUACUACACCACCCUGUUACAAAUUAUUUGCAAGUUGACAAUCUCGAAGGUAGUAUGGUUUUGCUGUCCCAUAACAUGACUUACUACCCGCGGAACUUUUCUUGUGAACUUGUUGUCCAUACACCUAUCGAAAAUGCCAAAAUUAUGAUGAAAAUUGAAGAAUUUUAUAUUCCUUCCAAAACUCCUAGCUGUGUAGAAAACUAUUUGUAUGUAUUUGAUUCAAACACAGCCAAAUCAAAGGCAAUGCCUGAAGCUGGUGGAGAACGUGGUCUAUGCGGACCAGAUUAUCCAAAACAGCUCAUAUUUACAACGAAGUCAUACAUCUGCAUCGCUUUCCAUACAUCACCCCAACGACCUCCUGUCUUACCCGGCACAAAACCUGGUUUUCGCGUUAUUUUGACUGCGGUUCAAGAAACUCGUACUAACACCUGUCCAUCAGACAAUUUCUAUUGUGGCUUAAUGCCUCGUUUCUUGGCAUCAAACACAAUGAUGGGAUUAAAUCCUCUCUCGUCAGACAGCCGAUUGUAUGGAUCCUCUCUGUCUCUUUCACAGAAUAUGCGAGACCUAGAUGAGGAGAGAUCUUCAACCAACCAUGAAAAACAAUCCAUGGGAUACUGCAUUACUAGGAAAAGUUUAUGUGAUGGCAUUAUUAAUUGUGAAGAUGGUAAAGAUGAAGAUAUAUCCCAGUGUCAAGCUCUUAUGGGGAUGAAAGAUUCAAACACAAUUUUAUACGCCGGUGAUACAAAUGAUCCUAAUAACUGGUUAUCAGGUUUCCUGUCACUUGGUAUACCUGCAUCUAUCGCUAUAGCUGUCAGCACAAUUGUUAUCUUUACAUUGGGUAUUGGGGGUGUGAUAUGUUGUUGUCAUCGUUGUUGUCGAAUUAACCAAGGCUAUAAUAAUCACUAUUCGGAUGACAGAAUUCAACGCAGAAGUGGUGCAUUUCUUUCUGAUACAGGAAACAGUAGUUAUAAUUAUUCUAGAUCUCAACAUCGGGGGAUAGUUGCUGUCAACACUGGUGCGCAUUUAUCUGGUAAUUUAAACUUAGUUUCCCAUGUAGACAGUAAUCAACAGAAUAUAAACCGAGAAUGGCAACAGAGUGCUCAUUUUCCACCUGACUCAGUAGCAGUAGGGGAAAAUUAUUCACAACGUGGUUAUAAUGUACCUACACAUUAUCAACAAGCUUUCAGCCACUAUUUCACAUCUCAGCAUACGAAUAACGAGAAAGAAGUUCAAUCACACUGUAUUCUCCAAACACCCUUAAAAUUAUCAUUGAUGGAUAGACCAUAUCCUAUUAUGAGUCCUUCGAAUGAAACUAUGGGUUCUCAAUAUUUCGUCUCUGUUGGUCACCAUGGUAGUGAUUCUUACUCGUCUAUCAAUACAAAUUCAGCGAGGGGUUUUGAUCAAUCUCAGAACAGACCACCAGGACCUCCUCCUGCACUAAUUCAUGGCGCUUUAGGUAGUCCUUACACUUACAGAAGAGAUCCUUUAUGUUACACACCACCUCCAUAUGGUGCAUGUAAUGUUCCCCCAGCAAGUAGUGUGACUGCAAGUAGCAGUAGAACUGGUACAACAAGCGGUGGUCCACGUGAAUCUGUGAAGUCUAGACGUGAUCAGUCAGCCCCUGCAAUGAGACAUAGUAACUCUGGAAAUGGAGAUGGAACUGGCAACGGGAGUGGUACUGAGUUAUUCAACCAGCAGCUGAGUGGCCUUGGUUCUGCACUUCACACCAAUACACCUGUAGAAACGAUAUCACAUGGUGGUGAUCUUACUUCCAAUGGUGGUAUUGUUUAUUUAGGUGAAAUGUAUAGACCUCUUUCUCCACAAAAUUCCAGCAUAUUUCAAAGUGAAAAUCGUGGUCACAGUUCAGUCACCACUACUGGCAGUGGUAGUUCGCGUGAUAGGCAAUCUCGUCAGUAUUUCCUCAAUGAAAUACAGUCUCACCAUAGUGACUGUCAAGCAUUUGUACAAAGAACUCAUCAAUCAUCGCUUCAUAAUUCUGUUCAAAAUAAUUCUAGGCGUUCGAAAGUAUCAUCUCAUCGUCAUCACCAUCGUUUAAAACACCACAAGUCAACUGAUCCGAGUCGUACUAUUUCAAGUGGUUCGCAUACUCCAAAUAGUUCACGAUCUGGUGCUUUAUCUGUAAUGCCACACAGAACAGGUGAUGUACACGAACAAAUGAUUAAUCAGUCAUCCUUAUCCACUACAACAACCAUCCCCAGUACUACUGCACCAUCUAACCACCAGCCGAUAAUAUUCCCUGUACAGUUGUAAAGCUACUUUAUUGGAAUAGCAGUGUAUAAAUUCCAUCAGUUUUGGAAGAGUUUUAUCCUUUUGAGCUUCACUAUCUGUCCUAUUUUACUUUUUGUGUUGUGCAAAGUGUAAUUCAUACUCGCGAUUUCCUUCUUUAAAAAAAAAAGAAUAUUUUCACCACUUCUCACUGAUUUUUUUUUGUUCAUCUCUAUGUCCUCGUGUGAGCUAGUCAUUUUACUUUGUACUAAUCAUAGCCGUAUUUUCCUGUGUCUACCUACUUCCAGUUAUGAUUUUGUUGCAUUUUACACUCCAUUUAUAUUGCUUUUGCAUUUUUCUAAGAGUGAUUUUAAUUUCUUAAUUGUAAUUUCCCCUGUUAAAUCAAACUGUUCAAGAUUAUGUAAUUUUUUUUCAGUGAGAUCACACGACGCACUCAUUAUUGUAUAUAUUUUAUGUCAGUUGGUCACUGUAGUUCAAAUUUCACGACAAUUUUAUGACCAGUGUUCAAAUAAUUGCUGAAUAGUUUAUUUAUUUAUUUAAUGUGCCGUCCUAUUUUUUUUCCCAUGUGUGAUCUCUUUCUUUUCAUCUCUUAUUCAUUUUAAUCUUUAAAGUCUUUCAUCGUGAAAAUGUACGUAGGAUUUGUGCAUAGCUUUAAUUUUUCUAUCCAUUGUACAUUAUACACAGUUGUGUCACCCUUGUUCAUUUUUUAUAUACACAUACUUGUUCAUGAAUCAUCAUGUCAGCAGUAACUGCAUAUAAUAUUUUUUAUCUUCUUAAUUAUUCUUUGAUCUUUCUGUUAUUUCAGGUUAAUUAGUAGUACUAGUGAUUGUUUCUGUAUACAUUACAUUGUUUUCAUUUCAGUAGUAAACAUGAUUCCAAGUGUUUGAUUAUAUGACUUGUUAAAUAAAUCGUCUC